GCUGUAGCUGCAGCUGAAGGAGCUGACCAGCCAGCUGACCCCCAACACUUACCUAGCCACCAUGGACAUCGCCAUUCACCACCCCUGGAUCCGCCGCCCCUUCUUUCCUUUCCACUCCCCCAGUCGCCUCUUUGACCAGUUCUUCGGAGAGCACCUGUUGGAGUCUGAUCUCUUCCCAACUUCUAGUUCCCUGAGCCCCUUCUACUUUCGGCUGCCCUCAUUUCUGCGGGCACCCAGCUGGAUUGACACUGGACUCUCAGAGAUGCGCCUAGAGAAGGACAGAUUCUCUGUCAACCUGGAUGUGAAGCAUUUCUCCCCAGAGGAACUCAAGGUCAAGGUGCUGGGAGACGUGAUUGAGGUCCAUGGCAAACAUGAAGAGCGCCAGGAUGAACAUGGUUUCAUCUCCAGGGAGUUCCACAGGAAAUACCGGGUCCCAGCUGAUGUGGACCCUCUUGCCAUUACUUCGUCCCUGUCAUCUGAUGGGGUCCUCACUGUGAAUGGACCAAGGAAACAGGCCCCUGGCUCUGAGCGCACCAUUCCCAUCAUCCGUGAAGAGAAACCUGCUGUCACUGCAGCCCCCAAGAAGUAGAUGCCCUUUCUCUAAUUGCAUUUUUUAAAACAAGAAAGUUUCCCCACCAGUGAAUGAAAAUCUUCUGACUAGUGCUGAAGCUUAUUAAUGCUAAGGGCAGGCCCAAAUUAUUAAGCUAAUAAAAUAUCAUUCAGCAACAGAUAA